AUGGCGGGAAAGGGUUUCGCUACCGUUGUCCUCGCUUGUUCAAUGACUUCUACCUGCUCAUUCAAUAAGCUUGAAGAUACUCUACUUUCUAACCUGGAGUCUUCGCAGUGGAGAGUUCGCGGUGACGCUCUUGACACGAUUGCCAAGCAUAUCAAUACAUCUUCUUUGUCACCUGGAGAUUGUAGCUUCGUCGUUAAAGCGCUUCUACAAGUUGUUGGCACCGACAAACAUAGCGUUCUGGUUACCAAAGCUGCGACCAUCUUGCAACAGCUGGUGCAACACCUCAAAUCGGAUUUUGCUCAGUAUGCCGCGAAUAGUCUGUCCGUUUGUCUUGCAAAGUUUAAAGAUAGGACUCAAAGUGUGUCACAAGCUCUACGUUCCGUUGCUCGUUCCAUGCUAGACACGCUUGCUCUGGAUCCGGCGCUUGCAGUUUUAUCUACUUCUCUAAGUAGUCCAUCGCCUAACGUUCAGUCCGAGGCGACGGAACUGCUGGCAUACUGCUUGAUCAUACACAGCCGCAUGUCCCAUACAGCUGACCCCAUAACGCAGCCUCAGAGGGUACGCCAUGUGAAGCCUUUGUUGCCCAUGCUUAAGAAGUUAAUGGAACAUCGUACUCCUGAAUGUCGCGAGGCUGGCAUUCAAGCUGUUGCUGCCACUCAGUUGUUUCUCGGUGAGAAUUCCAGAGAGUUUAAUUCGCUUUACGACGAUCUCGAUGAUCUUCGUAGAACUAAAGUGAACGUUACACUGGAAACGCUGAAAUCUACGAUUACAGAACGUAAUACUGCAACCGCUUGUAUUGCGCAACAUUCCGAGAGUAUCAAGAACUCGAAGAAGUGCAGGAACACGCGUCCACAGACUUCAAACGAUGCCUACCGAGAUAACGUUUCAGAAGCACCAACUAUCAGUAUCAAGGGUGCAGGACAUACGCACGUUUUACGGGAUGAAUCGGGCACCAACGAUUCAAAGACACCGUCCCAGUUACUUCCUACACGGAAAUCGAAGGUUUCCAAGCCAAAGAUGAACAAAAAGUUCACUUCACAUGAGGAGAAUUACGACUCUCCUUCGUCUCCUGAAGUUGCAACUCAGAAUGUCAGUGCUUACUUCAUCACCGUGCCUAUCGAUCAGUUGGCCGAUGCAGACUGGAAGGUUCGCCUGGUGGCAGCCGAAUCAAUGAAAAGCAAGAUCUCAUCGGACAUUCCUAGCGAGAACCUGCUCUUGGACAUCUUGCAUUUUAUACUGAAAAGUGAUCGUUUACGGGACAUCAACUUUCAGGUUCGCUGUACCUUACUGGAUAUCGUCAACUUGCUCCUGUUAUCUUUGAAACGCAGGCAGCGUUUUUUGACGGAUCGUUUAGUUCAACCUUUGUGCGAGCAAUUGGUUCCGAACUUACCGGAUUCGAAGGCUCGGAAAUUCGCCACAGAUGCCCUAAAUCUGAUCGCCAUGCUUUCAGCACCAAAUGUGCUCUCGACUUAUCUCUUCCCCAUCAUCCUUGGUUUGAAAAACCCCGUCGUUCACACUGCAUCGCUGAAGUGGUUAGCCUCAGCGGUUCGAAGUUUAUACUUGAGGUUCGAGCUGGACGAGAUCGUCGAGGUCAUUCGUCACGCACUGGGUUCCGCCAAUCCUUCCGUUCGUACCGCUGCUAUUCUUCUAGCGGGGACUGUGCACGUCAGCCCAUCGAAUGUGAAAGGCCGCUUGCGUGCCUUGUUGUCCGAGGAAAAGCCCGUACUUCUUAAUCGUCUUGAGUCUGAGUUCGCUCGUUGCGAAGCUGAUUUAUCCGCUGGUAACACCACCACAUCGGAUGUUAGCCAUGAGGCCUACCGUUCCUCUUCAUCCACGCAGGAAUCAGUGGAGCCAGGUCGUGCGGACACAACGUUUGCCGGUGGUAGCCAGUGUCGCCCUGUCGCUAAGGCCGACGAAACAGUGCACUCCGAAGAUCUCACUUAUGUGGAAGAUGAACCGGCGCCCAUGAAGGGUGUCAUCAACGCUCUGACUAACUCGAGACAAGUGGUACCCAAGCCUCUAGUCAAUGUAUUAUUCUUCGUGGAACCUAACCAAACGGCCACUUUAAUGGAGGCUAAGCAAGCACGUUUGGCCAAACUUACUAAGACAAUGUGCAUCGACUCGGAGAAACUGCGCAUCCUUUUUGCCGAUGUGAAUGCCAAUCCACUGUUGAUCCACUCCCUGUUCGCUCCGGAUGUAGAAUCGCGAUUGGAAUCGCUUGACAAAUUGACCGUGAGUCUUGACCAGUCGGACGAUGCAACAAGAGACCCUUCUCCACUAAUCGUAUCUUAUGCUCAUUUUGAUCUCCUUUUGGCUUGGACCAUUGGAUGUUGCUUCGCUUACGGAUCCAUCUGCGAUUCUAUGACGCAGAAUGUUAUUCCCUCUUGGGCAGACAAGAUUGCUCUAGCCACUCGGGGUUUACAGUAUCUCACUGUGGCUGUUUCCAGAUUCGCCUACGCGGAAUUCCAAUUAAGCCGUGAAGAGGUCAAUUUGAUUCUCCAUGCUCUCUUAUCCGACCAGGCACCGAGCCUUCCAUCCAGCCUAACGGGAACUCCACUAGAUCCUCGCGUACGCGACGCGAUCUCAGACCUCACCCGUCUGUUGAGACAAGUGUAUCCAGCUAGUGCAUUAAUGAACUGUAUUGCAAACGUGCUGCACCAGUGUAUCAGCACUUCUGGGCGUGUAGCCUGUUUACAAGAACUGAUCAGCGUUUUUCCUCUUUACGGUGACACCCGUGGAUCAAAUCUGGGCUUCUCCGUUAAACUAGUUGUCCAGCAGAUCGCCGAUCCUCACGCUGCUGUCCGCCAGUCAGCUCUUGAAUUUUUAAAACUGUCGUAUCGACUUGUCGGACAGAGUUUUUGGGAGUUAGUUGGAUAUUUACAACCGAAAGACAAGCAGCUGUUGGAGCAGCACUUGGGUUCCAAAUGUACUCAAACUACGGAAUCCACUCUCCCAGCUACUCCACUUUUACCGACGAGUCUGAGUCAAACAAAUCCCACAUACUCGUCGCACCUUGCGACUACUGGACCGUCGAAGUUAAGUUCACGUCGAGGACACAGUCCACCUCCGAAACAUGCAUCACCGGCAGCUUUGGCAAUCCUGAUACCGCUUAUACAUGAGCGGAACAAUGUCGAUGCUAGCGCAGCAAGUAGAGCACUUGCAGCCCAGCAAUUGGACUCCGCCCUAUCCUCUUUGGUCAGUCAGCUUGACGUGGUUGGCCUUCGUGCCUCGAAGGACUCUCAACCAGAAAUUGAAGAUGAAACCGCAGUACUCGACAAUGUUAUUCUUGGUGCACUGGUCGACCUAGAAGCGCUUGUCUUGGAUCCACGUACACGUGGCCUUCUAGUUCCAUUCGUCUCAUCUAUUGUGGAUCGCCUCGCCAUCCUCGCGCACGCCUUGGCUAAUGUUGCAAAGAAAUCCGCUGGUCACACUGUAUUUAUCAAUUGUGUGGCUGGACUGCUGGUUGUGUUAUUCGAACAGCCCUUUUUAACUCGCGAGGCUACUGCGGACAACUUGCUCCUUCUUUUGGCCGGUCUUUUUCAAUUGGCAUUAAGUACGUCCACGACGGAGAACGCGAACGCACUUCCGAAUGCGCGCCGUGUAAUGUUCCUGCGUUUGGUGCGCUUCAUACUCACUCGUGUAGAGCCUACGAUAGCUCUGAGCACGGUGCUUCGCUUGUUAUCGUUCACUACGUUUGGAUUAGACUGUUGUACCUCGAAUCCCAUUGUGUUGCAUCGGAGGACCACCACUCGCAGCUCUUCUGCCGGAGGUUCGCCGGAGCACUGUGAGGUGAUUCGGGGACUGGCCUUAUGUGACCGCAUUCGCCAGCUAACCUUGGCCCAGCUGGAUGCUCAGAUAUCGGAGUUCAACCAUAACGCUACGCGUAUUGGUUACGCUGUCGUAUUGCCCAUGCUUGAAAGUCUUUUUAAACUGCUCAAGCCACCUGAGACGGGAAACAAAGACAAAGGUCGUCGGAAAUCGGUGCCUUCCGAUGUGCGUGCUUACAUUCGGGCCUUGGUAGUUACUGCCUACGCCCGAUUCGGACCAAAGUUAUCCACAGAAACUGCGCAGAUCGUCGGCCAAAAAUCUUCGCUGCUCUCUUACCUGAGCGAAUUGGAGAAACUGAUGCCUCAUGCCCCCUAUCCUCAUUGUAUUCCAAACAAAAUCAUUAACUGGUAG